CAGAAUUUACCCGCGAAGUUUAAAAGCUGGCGCUAAGGUGGGUUGCAAGCGCCACUAGCGCCAUCCGCAUCCACUCAACCUCCGACGACACUAUGGCUACGAUCUCUACCUUCGUGGACAUCAUCCGCGCACUUUUGAAGCUUGUUUUAGGCUGAUGCAUCCUGACAAUCAUCAAAUUCUACUACGGAAUUGCGGCGAUUUGCUAUCUCUGAACUCGGGUGUUCUAGGGCAAACAUCGCGACUGUCCUGGGUGCCUAGAACUCCACCUGGCCUCACUAUUAUGAACCCGCAGCCCCCCGUGGUCUGGCAGUGAUAUUCCCCCUUGAAAUAUAGUAAAACCAAGUGUGGUCGCCAUGGACUAUUCGUCCCUUCCACAAGAUCCGGAACAUCCUGUCGGUUCAUCCCCGUGGGGUUCGGCUUCUCCUCGAACCGAUCGGAUGUUCCCCGCAUCUGAAGUUCCUCCAUCUCCGUUACCUCCCCAGCAAUCACCAUAUGGCCCAGACGGUGAACGACAGCAGGACGAAGAGUCUACUACGCAGGGUCUAUCUGAGCGACUCCAAGAUUCCCAGAUCGACGACCAAGUCCACGAAGAACAUUCCUCCCACCCUCCCUCCAAUUAUGAACAACCUCCUCAGCAACGAGCACAAGUUUCGGCCAGAUAUCAAACCGGAGCAAGAAACAAAGCGCGUCCAAAUGCUCCCCAGUACAAAUUACAGGCUAAGAUUACGGGAUUGGAGAGAACUGGAAAGAAGGAUCCUAUCUUGCGAUUUGACGUCCACACGAACAUACCAAAGUUUCGAACAACGCAAUUCCGCGACGUUCGCCGAACCCAUUCCGAGUUUAUCAAGCUUGCCGAUCAUUUAAUAUCCUCGAACCCUGAGGCCAUCGUUCCAGCCGUACCUCCUCCGUUAACUCCAGCCGGCGCCGGAACGGAUGAAGAUGAGAUUCGGGUGAAAGCGUCGAUGCAGAGAUGGUUUAACUAUGUUUGUGCAAAUGAUGCCCUGAUGCAAGAUGAUGAGAUGAUACUUUUCGUCGAGAGUGAUUUCGGGUACAGCCCUGUCGUUCGGAUGAAGCAGCCAGCUACUGGGGUUCGGAGAAAGGUUCUCAAACAAUUUGCUCCUCCGCCGGACGAUACGCCAGAACUGCAAGAUGCGCGCCCGGUUGUCAAGUUGUUUUAUUUGGGUACCAUGGAUACAGGCCAGAAGGUCGACCGUGUUGUGAAAGCAAGAAAAAGUCUAGCACUCGCGGAAUCAGACCUCGGCGUAAAAAUGGGCCAGAUGCACGUCCAAGAAACCCACCCAGGUCUCGCUAAUGCGUAUCGUAAACUCGGGAAAGUGAUUCAAGCUGUAGGCGAUUACCACGCUGCACAAGGAACUGCGGAGGCCACCACCUUUGGCGAUCCUUUAAACUACCACUCAUCUGAUGCGUUUAUCGUCAAAGAGACGCUGACAAACCGACACAUCUUGCUCCGGGAGCUGAUCCAAGCCCAACAGUCCGCGCGUAGCAAACGCGCCGCCGCUGACAGAUUAAAGGGAAGCACCUCCGUUCGAUCCGACAAGGUUGACGAGGCCAUCAGCUCCCUCGAAGACGCACAGGCGCACGAAGAAUACUUAACCAAGAAAACCCAACGCGUAACCGCCAAUCUCCUACAAGAAAAACGCCGCUGGUUCAAGCGUACGACAUCUGAUAUGCUCCUCAGCAUCCGUGAAUACACCCUCCGGGAAAUAGAAGCUGAGCGUCGCACUCUCAGCACUCUUGAGAGCAUCCGGCCAGAUAUCCGUGCAAUCGAUGCCUCUGGCGGCUUGAGCCGGCUAGGUCGCGAAUCGCACCCUGCAGCUCGUCGGGCUAGUCUGGCAGCAAGCCAGGGCCCCAAGGGCGAUGCGUGGAGUGGUGUACCGCGCCGCGGUGACAGCUUAAGUCGGAGCAUCAGUGGAAGUUUUAUCUCUCCAAUUCGCGAGUAUGAAGGCGAGGCUAAUGGAGGCAGGACACGUAACCGCUCCCUUAGCGGGUCUGGAAUGAUUGGUUUGCCUGAGGAAGAGGAUGAUGAUCGAGUGGAUGCCAAAAAUGCGGCAAGCCGCUUGGCUACCAGUACAUUUUGAGUGUGGCAUGAUAUGUAGAUUAUGACGAGAUAUUCUCAUUUUACCUCUGUUUCUUUUCUUGCACCUGCCCGCCGCUGCUGAGAGAAUACCUUGGCCUUUCUACCUUGUCCCCAUUUCCUAUUUAUUUAUACCGGCUCUGUAAGUUGCUUUCUGAACGAAAUUCACUUUUGUUUCAUAAUUUGAAUUCGUGGUUCAUAAUCAUACACCCCUUGCACUCCAGUCAUACGAAAAAAAAGAAAAAAGAAAAAAGAAAAAAGAAAAAAAGAAAAGAAAAGAAAAAAGAAAAAAAUAUAAUUAUACAAAAAAGAAGCCAACCCCUCACAUCUCCCCCCUCUACUCACCAUCCCCUUCUCCCCUCCGCCACAACCUCCCCCAACCCCACCGCCUCCAACGUCUCCUCCACCCGCGCCACCCGCGCCCGCGCCUGCCCCUCCACCACGCCCGCAAGCAGACCCUGGUCAUCCACGGAUCGCAGGGCGCGCGCCAUCUGCGCGUCUUCUUGAUUUGUGCCACCUAUGGGCGUGGCGGAAAGCUGGCCGCGCCUCGCACGGUCCCUCUCGACGUUUACCACCUCUGCGGACAGUCUUGUGACAGACUGCCGCAUAGUGACGACUGUUGAGAGGGAUUGCGAGGUUGUCUCCCGCAGAGCGAGGUAAGCCUCGCGAAGGGCUUUAUUUUGGGCUCGGAGGACUGCGAGGAAAUUAAGGAUGUUAGUUGUUUUUUCUGCUGUAAUUAGGUGGAUGGAAGGUGUUUUGGAUCAAAUGAUGAAGGCAAUCAGCGUUGCAACGGUUGAGGACGCGUUCGAAACUGCUUUUACAGAGGGACUUGAAUUGUACUUACAGCCCACCUCUCGCUCUGGUGCCCUCUUCCUCUCCUCCUCCUCCUGCAGGGCUCUUGCGAGCUUCCUGCCCGCUACUGGGGGCUCUGUCAAGCUCGCUGUCAGCGUCAUGGAAGGGGAACGUUUAGUUAAUGAGUUUUUGAGUGAGCGUAUCGAGAUGAAGAAACAUAAAGGCAAGGGGUGUCAACCUCCUGAUUUCUCCUGAGGAGAUGAGAGCCCGCGGGCUCCUACAUGGGGAGUUGGGACUUCGUGGGCAAUGUGCCAUACAGGUAGGUAGUAAGAGAAGCGGAGCGGGGGCUUGGUGCGGUGUAUCAACGCGGUACAGAGGAGACGGGUUGUGGCUGAGAAAGAGAAGAAGAAGAAAGGAUGGAGGAGGAAGAGGAAGAGGAAGAUGUAUAUGAAGCGAAGUGGAAGCGAUACUAAGGUGACGUCUGACUAAUCGGAUUCCAAACAUGCAAACAAACAUUGUGACAGGAAUAUGGAAAGUGAAGUGAAUCUGCUUUCAUCACUAUGGCAAAGAAAUUGAACAAGAGACUUACCUCCAGGUUUCACUUGUCUUGGGGCGUCGGCAACCUUGCCUGUCUUAUGAUGUGCAUAGAGACAUUCAUCCACACUGUAUUUACACUGGCCCUUCUCAUUCCACCACCAGCAGGUUAGGUGCUUGACUGAAGGUCUGUCUCUUCUUGAGCCAGAAGUACUUUGUCUUGACUCAGAUGGCUGCAAACUCUGGAGGGGAGUAUUUCGUUGCUGAGCUUGAGCUGCUGAUUGAAUCUGUGACUGAGUUUGGAACUGAAAAUUCUGGGAGAUAUUGGUUUCCAUUGUUAUGCACAUGCUGGGUCCCUACUCUUUGUUGAGGAGGCUGCAACAUUCGAUGUGCUUCUUGCUGGCUCCGUCCCGUUGCAUUCGCCAUUCCGUACGUGUGCUCAUUUGCAGCCCCCUGCACGCCAGAGAAACCAGAUCCAGACGCUGUGGUUGAGGUUGGCCAAGGACGAAUUGAAGGCUUAGGCAUUGAAUGGGACUCUGGAUUAUUAAGAAACGUUGCUCCUACCCGGCUCGUUUGAGCUACAGAACUCCAUGUUGUCGUAGGGGGUUGGGUUUCUAGCCCAUGGGUUUCUACUGUGUUCUUUGUCAGAGAUCGGUACUGUCGAGAAUAUUCUUCCGGAAUUGGCCCAGGACUAUCCAAUCGGUCAGGCAUUCCGGUAUAGAGGGACGGAUCCCAAUCAGCCAUUCUGCGACGAACUAUCGGGAUAAAUCGUUAUUGUGUCCUUCGAAGCGCAGCAGAACGUUACGGUAGUGUGUUUAUUUCUGCUCGAAAUCCAAAGGAAUUUCCAAAAGUGUUUCCAAACGGGCUUCCAGAAGGCUUUCUUGGAAUGAAAUUGCGCAGAACGCAAAACGAAAUCGGUUUUCAGAAUUCCUUGGGACUUCUGUGGUAUCUUGAUGGAAUGUCCUUAAUGCUAGGUAUUCUGCUGAAACUUGGAUUGCUAUACAAGUUUGAUUGCGUUCUCGGCGUUGCUACGAGAAGGUCUAUCUCAAGGUUGAACAGAUUGGAAUAACAGUUGAUUUCAAAAGGAAGUCUUGCGAAUAACCUUUUGAAAGGGGGAUGCGAACGAACAGCUUGAGCCAGCUCCUGAAGAGCGGUGGUUUUCGCGGUAUAGGAUAGGAUGCUGUUCUGCUGGGAAAGGAAGGAAGAAAGGGCCUAGCUAUAUGCUAAAACGAAUGUUUGAUCCAGGCGAUGGAAUGACUGAAUAGUUCAACCUUGUUGACAAAAAGGGCACUCUUUGCUCUGCGGGUUUCCAACAGCCCUAGGGGCUAGGCGAUGGAUGGCUCUUUGCUAUGUCGAGAGGACGAUACCCUAGCUGCGUGGACACCAAGAGGCCUUCAGAAUACCCGACCUGGUAUUAGAGACUGUUUCUUCUGAAGCAAUAAGGAGAACAAAGAUGUUCUGCAGAGUCCAAGACGGGAGAUACAACUGGAAAAGGGGCAAAGCCGUGGAAAGGGAUAUGAUGAUGGAAAGGUGAUGAAAGACUUGGGUUCAAUCAAAGGAAUGUCAGAGCAGAAAAGGUGUGAUCACUGUUGGAGUCUUUUGAAUAAUGACAAAAGAAGAAGAAGAAGAAGAUUUUUGAUCUGAAUCUUGUUUUAUAUUGAGUAUUGUGUGGUCCCUAGGUGUUGUUAGAGCCCCUUUAAGAGAUCACGUGGAUGAUCUUGCCCUGCACUGGUUGGGAUAGAGAGGGUGAUUUUGAUGUAUUCUAUCAUGCAUCUUCAAUUCUCUGUUUGGACAAUGAGUGCCUGAAGCACCAAAUAACUACAACAAUCGGCUCCUUGCAUUUCGAUGGAACACCCUAUUAUUACAUUAUCCGAUGAGCCCUCAGCUCAAAAACCCAGAACGAAAUAUAUGGAAGAUCAUGGGAUAUGACCCCUUUUCUCCUUACUGCAAAAUUGCCGCUCAGAUAUACAUCGAAUACCAAUGCCCGCUAUCAUUUACGAGCCACCACUCCAAAAGGGUCUCCCUCCCCCCCCCCGAAUCCCGGCGGCUGCUCCUCAAGAUCCGGAUCCGUGAAGUAUUUCACCACACCAUCAUUCGGCACCUUAUACCAAGACGGUUUCUCUCUCACCCAGUAAUACACGGAUGACUUAUUCAAUUCGUCCCAUCCAUCUUUUUUGGCUCCUGCUUCCCCUUCCCCUUUCCCUUCCAUUUCCCCUUCCCCUUCUCUCUUUCCUUCCAGUCCCCACUUCACAUCCCAAUCAUCAAUAGAGCCCCCAGUUAACGAAAUCCUCUCCGGGUGCUCAUUCAUCUGGAACACCAAACUCGAGCCACACUUGUCGCAGAACCCGCGGCGGGCGAAGGUGCUAGCUGAGAAAUAUUUAGGCUGCCGGUCGUUGAGCCAGGUUACGGCCGUUGUGGGGAAGCGGACGUAUGUUUGGAACGGGCCGCCCGCGGACUUGCGGCAUUCAACGCAAAAGCAGUGCGAUAGGCUACUGGGAAGGGCGGUGGAAGUGUAGCGGAGGUAGGAACAUGCACAGCCGCCUACGACGACCGGAGCUGGAUCUGUGGUUGUUGGUGUGGCUGCGGACAUUGUUGCUUUUUCUUUCUUUCUUUCUUUAUUUUUUUCUGUUCUUAUGACUUGAGGUAUUUCAAUAUGUUAGAUUCCUCUCUGAUUAUAAAAAUAGGUAAUAUGAAAUUCGGUUUUCGUGACUUCUUUUUUCCUGUUGUUUUGGAACCGCUCAGCAGUAAUUAUGUAAACGAAGUUAAACUCGGAAAUGGACUACUAUGUGGAGGUGAAACGGAGAUUAAUAUAUCAUUGAAGGAAUUACACAUUUCGGCUCCAAGUUUUGCUCAGCGCGGGGUAUUUCGUGCACCAUGCCCCUGUCAUAAGGCGCGCGGGGCAGGAAUACGAGGUUGUGGACGGGCAAUAUCGAAUCGUCCAAGUUAGAAUACUUACAAACCGGUAUUGGCACAUAUUCUUGACAUAGUGGAUCCGUUCCCGAGCUUAAAAGGUAAUUCUCCUUCUAAGAACAGAAUGCCCCACCG